AUGCCUAAAAUCAUUAAGGCUUUGAGUGAGUUAGGAUGCAAUUCACGUAGUAAUAUUAGUAGUCAAAUCUUAGUUCAUGCUACCUUAAACAAUGAUAAAUUUGAAUUAGAUCAAGAUACUUUCCAAAAUCAAGAAUUAGAAAUUCAAGAAAUGAAAAAUAGAUUAGUUAACUGGUCUAUGCCGAAAAUUAAAUUAAAAGAAAUUUAUAAAAUGAGCAUGUUUGAUUUUUCUAGUAAAAAAAAUAUCCAUACUACGGAAUCUGCUACAUCUAUAUGUAAUAAACAUGAAACCAUUAAUUUGUUAAAUAGAAAGUUGUUAGAAAAUCAUGUUAGAGAAGGAUAUCACUAUAUCCAUAUAGGAUUAAUCCAAAUAGCUAUAAAGCCUUUACAUAAACUAGGGCUAAACACCCCUAUUUUGUUGGUCAUUCGUGAUACUUGUAUUAAAGAUUUUCAUAACUCAAUUAUUGCUAUAGUUGAAUCUAACCUUAAUGAUUUUCCAGUUUACUUUACCUGUCAUCCUAAUUACUCUAUGAGAUUAACUGAUGAAUUCACUAAAAACUCACUUGUCAUAUAUGUUUAA